AUGCGAGCCUUUCUAAAGAGUUCGGAGGGGUGUUUUCAGCUGAAACAGCACACCACGACGAUAGGCAGGCACGAAGGGUCUGACAUUGUCCUGCAGUCCGCAGGUGCAGCAGAUCAUCACGCAGCCCUCAAAUUCACCCCCUCGGACAACAGCUUCGUCCUUCAGGACUUCAACUCCCCCCAUGGCACCUUUGUCAAUGGCUGCCAGGUCCAAAAUGCGGCUGUGGGAGUGAGUCCGGGGGAUAUCCUGCGAUUCGGCACAGAGGGAGCAUCCUUUGAGCUGGUGGUGGAUGGGGCUGCACAGAUGUCCUACCCCCCCGUGAAGCGUCGCACGGCGUGGUCCGGGCAGCUCCAGUUGGUAGCAGAGCCCAAACCUUCAGCUCCUGUAUCUCCCCCCCACCUCCCCUCGCUGCAGCGGCAGAAUCCCCCCAGCUCUCCCGGCAGCUGGUGCAUCUCGACCAGCGUCUCGGGCGAUGGUGAAAGCAGUGUGGGGGGAGCCCCUUCCCCGGGGGCUCACAACACGGAUUUCUUCCCGCAGGAGAAGGGCGAAAAGCUGCUGCGGCUGGAGAAGGCGAUGGGUCGCCUUUCUGGUUUGGAAACAGAAGCAAAGCAGAAAGAUGCGGUGAUAAGAGACCUGCAGGAUGAGAUUGCGGCGAUGGCAAAGGCCCUGGCUCAGGCGGCGGCGAGGACCGAAGUAGAGCUGACCCAGAAGCUGCUCGCCUUCGACCGAGAGCUGGGAGCCAAAACGGCGGAGAUCAAAGCCCUAAGGGAACAGAUGAGCGACCUGCAGAAAGGCUCGAGCCAGGUGUUCAGCCAUUCCCUCUACGAAAGAGACCUGGAGAUUGGAAGGCUGCGAAAAGAAAGCGAGAAGCUGAAGAGGGACCACGCUUUGGCCGCAGGUCUGGCGACCAGCCUGCAAAGAGAGAUGGCCGGGAAGGAGCAGAAAAUCCAGCAACUCAAGCAAGAUGUGGAAAAAAUGAAGAAGGAGAACAGCAAAAAGGACGAUCAGCUAGCAGUCGUUGCUGCCAAGUGCUCCAGAAUUAAAGAGGAAACGAAGCGUGAACUUGGAGAGCGAGAAGUAAUCGUGUGCCGAAACCGCAUCGGGGAGCUGGAACGCGACCUGGAGGGGCUGCGGGGGGAAGCCCAGAAGUAUUGUGCCGAGCGGGACAGCGUCCGAAAGCAGCUGGCCGAGAAAGCCAAGGCCGAGGGGGAGCUGAAGGCAGCCAGCGCCAGGCAAGCUCUGCAGCUGCAGGAGAUGGGGCGCAGGGAGCGCCUGCUGAGAGCCGGCCUGGGGCGAGCCAAGGAGCAGCUGGAGUCCUUGAAAUCCCAGGUGAUGCGGGUCUGUUCUGCAGCCGCAGCCGGCGUCGCAGCGAAAGCCAUAACGGAGCAGCAGGUGGUGGAGAAGGUUAGGCAGAUCUCUGACGAGAACCAGCAAAGUCAGGAGAGAGAGAAGGUUCUGCAGGAGGAAUUGAGCUCCAGGCUCGUGAAGGAAAAGGAGGCAUCUGUGAGUGUCGAGGUGUUCAAGAAAUCCCUGCGGGAGCUCCAGACUUGCCUGAGGAGCUCUGGCAGCAGUGACAGCCUGCGAGGGGAGCUGGGGCGGCUGGAGGCAGCGUGCCUGGACCCCUCCAUCUCGGACAUCAGGGCGGCAGUGGUAGAAAUGGCACGUGUCCCCCUGUCCUGGCUGGAGGGCACAGAGCAGCUUCUGGCCAGCUCAGGGAUGGACCCACAUGCCUCUGGAAAAGGGUUGUUGGCUGCUCUCGGGAGAUGGCUGGAAAACAGUCAGGAAAUGGCACAGAGGAAUCGGAUGCUACAGGCUGAAUUGGAGAGGGUCCGGGAGUCGCAGGCAGCUUUGCUGCAGGAGCGCGUGAAGGAGCUGGAAGCGAAACACGAGCAAGACCUGCAGAUAAAAAUCCAGCACAUUAUACUGGAAAAGGACAAGGAGAACAAAGAGAUUCUGGAGAGCGCUGUUGCCGAGGAGAAGGACAAGUGUGAGCGAUCUGUGGAGGAAGGAAGGAAGAAGAUCCAAGACCUGGAGAGCCGCCUGCAAAGCAUGACUGAGGCAAUAGCAAGGAAGUCACGGGAGCAGGAGGUUACAGACUGCAAACUGCGAGAAGCUAUGCACGAGCUGGAGGAAGCCGCAGCGCGAGAGGUGGUAUUACAGCAGCGGGUACUCACGCAAGACGAGCAGCUCCAAACCGUGCAGGAGGAGAAUGAAUUGCAGAGGCAGAAACUGCAGCAAGAAAUAGUGGAAUAUAAGGAGCAAAGCAAGCAGCAUUCUCUGACGAUUGUGGCUUUGGAGGGGAGCUUGCUGGAGGCCAAGCAGCAGCAGAAGAUGCUGGAGGAGGAAAAUGCAGUGCUGGUGGAAAAAAUGGAAGGGUCUCGGGAUGAUGGCCACAAGGCAACACCGGGAGCUUGGCUGGAGGUGUCUCCUGCUGCAGAGUCGCACAGUUGUCUGAGGAAAUUGAGGGAGGAGCUGGCAGCGGCGCAGAGUGUGCUCCUGUCCAAGGAGGCUAUCAUCGCCGGACUAAGCAGAGAGCUCGCCCAAAUCCGAGCCACGAUGUCAGACAUGAGAGGGGAACUGAGCGAGGAGCAGAAGGUGGAACUGGAGCGGAAACGAAGCCAGGUGAAAUGCCAAGAGCAGGAACUGAACCUGCUCAGGGAGAAGCUAUCCCAGGUGUCCAGCCUCGCGGAGGAGAAGGAUCGAGCCCUGAAAGCAGCAGCUGAAGAGUUAAGGCAAGCCCAAGCCCACUGCCAGGCGCCAGAGGGUGCCUCCCGAGAAAGGGUGGAAAAGCCGGAGGAUGCUCCUGGGACACCAGCGCAGGCGGGUGAAGCCUCCGAGAGGGAGCCAGCGUUGGACUUGGCCACGCUCGGGGCGAAAUGCCGAGGCCUCAGGCACGAGGAAACGAUCCAGCGCCAGAAGGAAGGCUUAGCUGAGCUCCGGGAGCAAAUAAAGAUGCUGGAGAAGAGGCGGCCCUCAGCUGUUGUGAACGAAGGUUCAGAGCCGCUGGUAGUCCUGGUGAAAGACCUACCAGAGAAAAUAGUCCAGAAGAGAAGUCUUGAGAAGGAUCCUGCACCCGUGUCAGGAGCCAAACUGAAGGCCAGCAAGGUUCCUGGCCAUGUUCUGAACGGGGGCUUGCCCGGGGCCACUGAUGGGGCAGUGAACUCAGAGAUGGCCGACGCAAUGGACCUCGGCGAGGAGAUGUACCUUGACGUAAUUGGUGCUCUGGGAGGCCUGAUGAAGGUGGAUGAGCUGUCAGAAAUGCGGUCGCUGAGGCACCUUCCUCGGGAGGAGAGGGAAAAAGCAGCACUGCGGAGACGGAAGGACCUGGAGCUGCUGUACGAUAAGAUCAGGAGCCUCAAGAGCCGCCUGGAAAGAAAAGAAGAGAUGCUGAAAGAUUACGAGGCCAGCGUGGAACAGCUCAGGCUGAACCAAGCAUCCCUACGAAGGUGCCAGGCGGAGAUGUCCAAGCUAGAAGAUGAAGCAUACAGGGAGGCAGAAGAGAAGGCUCUGCUGAAAGAGGCUCUGGAGAGGACACAGCUCCAGCUGAGCCAGGAGAAGAGGCUGCUGCGAGCAGCCAAACUGCACAAGAUGCCCACUCAGGAGGCGUGGCAAUGA